UGCUCUUGUCACGUUUCGUUCCCGGAGAGGAGGAGCGGGGAGGUCUCGCGCGGCGGGCGGUGGGAUGGCGGUUGCUGUGCAGUAGCCGCCGGCGCUGAGGGAGGCUGCUUUUGCCCGGUCCCGCCCCUUUCUCACCGCGGGAGAGGGGUUGGCUGAGGCAGCUCCAGGCCUCCACAUGAGGGAGAGCGGCGGGGGCGCCUGUCCCCUUUUCCCCCACCAUCCUCGGAGGGAUGAUGAAGGCAGCUCAGGGCAACGCCGAGGAAUCAGAGAAACUGAAUAAGAUGAGUUCCCUUCUGGAAAGACUUCAUGUCAAGUUUAAUCCCAACAGCAGACCUUGGACAGAAACCAUGAAGCUCGUUCGACAAAUUAUGGAAAAACGAGUUGUCAUGAACUCUGGAGGUCACCAGAAUCUUGUCAGUUGCUUGGAAACUUUGCAGAAGGCUUUAAAAGUGACAUCUCUGCCCACUAUGACAGAUCGCUUGGAGUCCAUUGCUAGACAAAAUGGCCUUGGAUCUCAUCUUAGUGCAAAUGGCACUGAAUGUUACAUAACAUCUGACAUGUUCUAUGUGGAAAUCCACUUGGAUACUACAGGACAACUGCGUGAUGUCAAGGUGGCACAUCAUGGAGAAAACCCUGUGAGCUGCCCAGAGUUGGUACAGCAUCUAAGAGAGAGAAACUUCGAUGAAUUUUCUAAGCAUCUUAAGGGUCUUGUCAAUCUAUAUAAACUGCCAGGUGACAACAAAUUGAAAACUAAAAUGUACUUGGCUCUACAGUCCUUGGAGCUUGAUCUUUCAAAGAUGGCAGGGAUGUACUGGCAAGCCACCAAUGCAAGCCCUUUGGACAAAAUUCUGCAUGGCAGCGUGGGCUAUCUUACCCCUAGGAGUGGAGGUCACCUGAUGAAUCUGAAGUAUUAUGUUUCUCCUUAUGAUUUAUUUGAAGAAGGCACUGGAGCUCCCAUCAUUCUGAAUGAGAACAAUGUUCCUCGUUACCUGGGUAUGAAUGUAUGUGUUACAAUUGAGGGAACCUUGACUAUGCACAAGCUUCCAAUUGCCCCUCUGAUUAUGGGGACUCACCCUGUUGAUAACAAAGGGACACCCUCAUUCUCCUCAGUUACCAGUGCCAAUAGUGUUGAUUUGCCAGCUUGCUUCUUCUUGAAGUUUCCAAAACCUGUUCCUGUCUCUCAGGCUUUCAUUCAGAAACUUCAGAACUGCACCGGUAUCCCGUUGUUUGACACUCCUCCAACAUAUGUCCCAUUAUAUGAGCUCAUCACACAGUUUGAGCUAUCCAAGGAGGAGGAGGAAGACCCUCGUCCAUUGCACCAUAAUAUGCGCUUCUAUGCUGCCCUGCCAGGACAACAGCAUUGCUAUUUCCUCAACAAAGAUGCCCCAUUGCCAGAUGGACGAAGCCUUCAAGGAACACUGCUUAACAAGAUUGCUUUCCACCAUCCUAGUCGAGUGCCUCUCAUUCUCAGUAUGAUCAGGCAUCAGGUGGCUUACAAUACGCUGAUAGGCAGCUGUGUCAAGCGAACUGUUUUAAAAGAAGAUUUCCCUGGCAUCCUGCAGUUUGAAGUCUGCCCUCUGUCUGACUCCUGUUUCAGUGUGUCUUUUCAGCACCCUGUUAAUGACUCCUUAGUUUGUGUGGUAAUGGAUGUACAAGAUUCUACCCAUGUGAACUGCAAAUUGUACAAAGGGCUUUCUGAUGCACUCAUCUGCACAGAUGAUUUCAUUGCAAAAGUUGUUCAAAGGUGCAUGUCAAUUCCUGUGACCAUGAGAGCCAUAAGGCGGAAGGCAGAGACAAUCCAAGCAGACACACCAGCUUUGUCCCUCAUCGCUGAGACAGUUGAAGACAUGGUGAAGAAGAACCUGCCUCCUGCCAGCAGCCCAGGAUAUGGCAUGACUACUGGCAACAACCCAAUGAGUGGCACCACCACCCCAACCAGUAAUUUCCCUGGUGGCCCCAUCUCCACUCUAUUCAGCAUGAGCAUGGGCAUCAAAGAACGGCAUGACUCAGUAGGACACGGGGAGGACUUCAGCAAAGUGUCUCAGAACCCCAUUCUUACAAGUUUGCUGCAAAUCACAGGCAAUGUAGGCUCUACCAUUGGCUCUAGUCCCACUCCUCCACACCACACACCUCCCCCUGUGUCAUCUCCUGCAAGCAACACCAAGAACCAUCCAAUGCUUAUGAAUCUUUUGAAGGACAAUCCUGCUCAAGAUUUCUCAACACUUUAUGGAAGCAGUCCACUUGAGAGGCAGAACUCCUCUUCUGGCUCUCCAAGGAUAGAAAUGGGACCGGGGGGCAACAAGCAAAAGAAGAAAAAAUCACGUGUCCUAGUGGAUAAACCAAAGCAUCAAACUGAAGAUGACUUUCAGAGAGAGCUGUUUUCCAUGGAUGUUGAUUCCCAGAACCCUAUAUUUGAUGUCAAUAUGACCACUGACACUUUAGAUACCCCUCAUAUUACUCCAGCUCCCAGUCAGUGCAGCACCCCCCCAACAACCUAUCCACAAUCUAUACCUCAUGCCCAGCCCAGUAUUCAGAGAAUGGUCCGGCUCUCCAGUUCAGACAGCAUUGGUGCUGAUGUCACAGAUAUUCUUUCUGACAUAGCAGAGGAAGCAUCCAAACUGCCGAAUAUCAGUGAAGAUUGUCCUCCUAUUGGGACACCAGUAAGGGACUCAUCCAGUUCAGGGCAUUCCCAAAGUGCCCUUUUUGAUCCAGAUGUUUUUCAGUCAAACAACAGUGAAAAUCCAUAUACUGAUCCAGCCGACCUGAUUGCUGAUGCUACUGUAAGCCCAAACAGUGACUCUUCAAAUCAGUUUUUCCCAGAUGGAGUUGACUUCAAUCCUGAUCUCCUGAACAGCCAGAGCCAAAGCGGUUUUGGAGAAGAGUAUUUUGAUGAUAGCAGCCAGAGUGGAGACGCUGAUGACUUCAAGGGCUUUGCACCACAAACGAUAAGUACUCUGGGUGUGCAAGUACUGGGGGGAGAUGGAGGGGAGAGUAAGUUCAAGGCAAGCAGCCAAGCGGACACAGUCGACUUUAGUAUUAUCACUGCUGCCAGCAAGGCUCUGGGAGCCCCUGAUGUAUUGGAGCAUCAUAGUGGAAGCCAGAGCCCCUUACUGAGUAUGGGAGAAUUGGGGAAAGAGAAAUCACAGAAGCGGGUCAAAGAGGGUAAUGGAUCUGGGAGUUCUUUAACGGGCCCUGGGCUGGAUGGCAAGGGUGGAAAACGCAGUCGCACCCCAUCCAGUGAUGGAAAGAGUAAAGAAAAGGUCCAGAAGCGGAGGAAGGUGGAGCCAGAAGGCAAAUCUCCUUCUCAUAGUACAUCCACCAGGCCUUUCACCCCACCAGCAAGCACAGGUGGCUCAAAAUCUCCUGGAAGUUCAGGCAGGUCUCAAACACCCCCAGGGGUAGCUACUCCUCCCAUCCCUAAAAUCACCAUCCAGAUUCCCAAGGGAACAGUGACUGUUGGCAAACCUUCCCAUGGGCAGUACACAAGCAGUGGCUCAGUCUCUUCUUUGAGCAGCAAAAGUCAUCACAGUCAUUCCUCCUCCUCUUCUUCGUCCUCUUCAUCGUCGUCAUCCUCUUCGUCUUCCUCAUCGACGUCAGGCAAAAUAAAGAGCAGCAAGUCGGAUGGGUCUUCGGGGUCCAAGAUGAGCGGCAGCCUCUACUCAGGCCAAGGCAGCUCUGGUUCAGGUCAGUCCAAAAGCUCCACCCAAUCAGUGGGCAAGCCUGGGUCCUCCCCCAUCACAAAACACGGCCUCAGCAGCGGCUCUGGAGGUACCAAGAUCAAACCUCAAGGGAAGCCUUCAUCGCUUAUGAACCCUUCCAUGAGUAAACCAAACAUUUCUCCUUCUCAUUCUAGACCCUCGGGCGGUUCUGACAAGCUGGCCUCUCCGAUGAAACCUGUUCCAGGUACUCCCCCGUCAUCUAAAGCAAAGUCCCCUAUUAGUUCCGGUUCUGGAGGUUCACACAUGUCUGGGACGGGAUCAAGUUCAAGCAUGAAGUCAUCUUCAGGGAUGGGAUCUUCCAGUUCCAUGUCCCAGAAGCCGCCUCCUUCUUCAACUUCUUCAAUGGGAUCUUCAUCUUCCUUUUCAUCUGGCAGCUCUUCCAUGUCUUCAUCUCAGAAUCAGCACGGGAGUUCCAAAGGCAAGUCUCCAAGCCGAAACAAAAAGCCAUCUCUGACUGCUGUCAUCGACAAACUCAAGCAUGGAGUUGUCACCAGCGGCCCCACAGGGGAAGACUCAGUGGAUGGACAGAUGGUCCAGAAUUCCAGUUCAUCAGGUCACUCCAUGUCCUCCAAGCACAAUCUGUCAGGAAAUGAAUUGCAGGGGAAACGAGAAAGAAGUGACAAGGAGAAAUCCAAAGUCUCUGUUUCAGGAGGCUCCUCUGAGUCUUCCAAGAAAGCAUCUGAUUCAAAGAAUGUUGGAAGCACUGGAGUGGCCAAAAUCAUCAUCAGUAAACAUGAUGGCGGUUCUCCUAGUAUUAAAGCCAAAGUUACUUUGCAAAAACCUGGGGAAGGAAGUGGGGAUGGCUUAAGGUCUCAGAUGUCAUCUUCCAAAAAUUAUGGAUCACCCCUGAUAAGUGGAUCUACUCCAAAGCAUGAGCGUUGUUCUCCUAGCCACAGUAAGUCACCUGCAUAUACCCCCCAAAACAUUGACAGUGAGAGUGAGUCUGGAUCAUCUAUAGCAGAAAAAUCCUAUCAGAAUAGCCCCAGCUCUGAUGAUGGAGUUAGGCCUCUUCCAGAAUAUAGCUCAGAAAAGCAUAAGAAGCACAAAAAGGAAAAGAAGAAAGUGAAAGAUAAAGACCGUGACAGGGAUCGUGACAGAGAGAGAGACAAAAAGAAAUCUCACAGCAUUAAGCCAGAAAACUGGUCUAAAUCUCCCAUCUCUUCAGAACAGUCCCUAUCUAUGACAAGCAGUGCCAUCCUUACAUCAGACAGACCAUCUAGGGCCAGCCCUGAUUUCUUGAUUGGGGAGGAAGAUGAUGAUCUCAUGGAUGUUGCCCUGAUAAGGAAUUGAGAAUAUUUGUAAGUUGUGCGUGUGUAUGUGUGUAGGAUGUUUAAUUUAUGUUUUUAAAAAAAAAUAAAAUUGUGAGUACUGGUUCAAGUAAAUCAAAGCUGAUAUGGAGAGCUAAUGAACUCUGUGUGUGUGUGUGUGUUCGCAUGCACGCGCUUUUGAUAGAUAUAGACACACACACACAUUGGAAGCCUGUCUAAGAGUCUCUGCCACAGGGAGAAGAAAAAAAGAAGCAUCAAACUGGUUAUAAGCUUGUCACUUGUUCGCAGAAUUGCAUUCCUCUAGGUAGAACGGAAACUUAGGCAGAGGAUAAACAUAUUACCUAUUUUAGUAGAAAUAGAUCUUUAUUGCACCACUUUUAUAUUUCUAUUUGGUGCUUAAUUUUACCUUUUUUUUUUUUUUUAGGAUUUAGGGCUUGGUUGGAUUUUAUUAUUCAUAUUUGGGAGAGCUUUUCGUUAACAGAUUAUUGGAAGCAAUUCAGUGCCUGAUAUUUCUCCAGUUCUUUUAGGUGCUGAUGCAUUUCCUGUUAAGAAAAAAACAAUCAUACAAAUUUUGUGUUGAACAGAUAGCACCAUUUUUGGCAUUCAUCCAAAGGGUGAAGUAUUUUGAUAUUGAUGUGUUAUACCUGUAAGGUAAUUUGACUUAAUCUUUGUGUUAUAAAACUGAAUUUUUAAGGAGUACCUAUGAAACCUCUGUUGGCUUUCGUGCCUGUUUUCUGUGUAAUAGUUACACAGUAAAGGCUAACACAUAAUGAGAAACAGAAAGGGAUGGUUUUAGAAACUCUUGAAUACAGAAUUUAAACAUCUCUGGUCUUUUAAUUUUGUAUGUAUAUAAAAAGCCACAAAGGAGAGAAUUCUAAUAGUAAGCAUCGUAUCCUUUUGCCCCAGUGGGUAUAUUUUCUUAACAUUAUGGGCAGAAAUAGGAACAGAGUCCUCUCUGAUAUUUAGAGCCACUCUAGAAAUGUAAUAUUCUUGGUCAUAUAGGAGGAGUCAACAGUACAGUAUUCUAAAGUGUUGUUUUCGCUCCCAAAGAGUUUGGCCAGCUCAUUGACUCCUGUCAUGUUAUUGGAACAACGCUGAAAGCAGCUAGAACUGAGGAGAAGCACCCUCAUCUACAGAGUUACAUUUUGUCAUAGGCAGUGAACUGAGACUCCAUAGACUUCCAACACACAUUAUGGAUCUUCGUUUUACAACCUGUGCUCCUUUGUCUUCUAUAUUUUAACACUGACAUUUGCCCAGUAUUUUGGAAAAUUGUGCAGCCCAUUAUCACAUAGCACUCUCUGUUUGUAUCUGGAUUAGGCAUCAGCAGUAGAUGGCCAUCUCUGUACUGAUAGGUUUAGCUGUGGCAUUAGGACCAUGCAUUCUAAAUAAAUAGAUUUUUCCAAGGUAUUAUCUGGCUGGUCUACCCAUCCUUGGAUUCUAUGUAUUAAUGAAAUAUAAGGCAGCUUUCACCCAACCCAGUGCCCUGCAGUGUACAAAUCCUUACAUUUCCAGCCAGCUAAUUAAGACAUCUGGUAGUUAUAGCCCCAACGCUUCUGGCAGAUGCCAGCUUGGAUAAGACUGCUAUAAGAUACCAUGGAGACAACACCAACUGCAUUUUCUUUGAAUUGCAUUCUUGCUUGCUUGCUUUUCAGAUUUAGAGCAAGUAACAUUAUUCUGUCCCUGCAGGAGGUUGAUUGAGAAUUGCACACAAGGCCUAUGAAACAUUAAGGAAUGUUCAACUGAUAUUCCUUAUAUAGCACCAUAUUACAGAAGUGCAAUUCUUUACUGGUCAGGUUGUCAUCUGUUCAGUUUCUGUAGUAGUCUUUUUAACUGAGAAAGCAAGGUUCUGAGUAACAGCACAUAUGAUUCUCCAAAUGGAAGCUUCACUGUUUCAGGCCUUGUGAACAGCUUGCUAUAAUUCCGGAUACAGUGUCUUAUGUAGAGAACAGAGAUUCUUUUUCAUAUAUUUCUUGAAAAUAUAUGCAGAGUGGUGAUAAGCAAACAUAAUACAGUUGUUCCUUUAAAUAUUACAGUGUCUGACUUGGAGGAAAGAGAUAUUGGCUCUAGAACUAUGAUUUUAUAAAUUGGCAUUAAAACAGUAACUGCUAUCAGAGUCGUAUAUUCUCCAUAUAUAUUGAGUUGCCGAGACAUGUGGGACAGAAUAGGAUACAUUGUCUUUUUUUCUUUUGUAUACGUUAGAUUGAGCCAAUGUGUUCACUCUAAAGCUUGCUAUCGUAUCAAUAAACAGAAUAAUUUUUAACAGUAUGUUUACUUGUUCACAAUAUUUUACAACCUUCAGUAUUGUCAAACCAAGCAUUAGAAGAUAGGAAAGCUACAUCUUUAAAUCUCAGGUGCAGCUGCUUACAGACUGGUUUUUGUUUUUGUUUUUCAUGUAAAUAAUAUGACCUGUACUUUCACUCUAUGAACAAUUUUUGUAAAGACUGCUUCCUGUGACAGGUAGGGCAAGGAGUAUACUGUAAUAAGUUUUAGCUUCUUGGAAAGUAUUUUAAACUGUAUGUUGGUUUUUACAUGCAAAUAAAUUUGUUUGGUAGAAAUA